ACUCUGGUGUGUGACGGCGAGUGGAAAGUUCACAUCGCCAAGUUUUCUCUGUUGGUGGGCUCCAUCUUCGGCUACUUACUGAUGGGAGCCAUGGCAGACUGGCUGGGUCGUAUCCCAGUGCUGCUGGUCUCAGUGUUGUCAGUGCUGGUGUUCGGUCUGGCCGUGGCGUUUUCGGUGGACAUGUCCAUGUUCAGCACGCUGCGCUUCUUCGAGGGAUUCUGCCUGGCUGCGGUCAGACUGGCGCUUUACGUCCUCAGGAUCGAGUUGUGUUUGCCUAAAUGGCGUUUCUCCAUGACUAUGAUCGCCAGUCUGAUCAUGGUCGGCGGGCAGCUGCUGAUGCCCGGUUUGGCGUCGCUGUGUCGCGAUUGGCAGAUUCUGCAGAUUGUGAUCAUCGCCCCGUUUGUGCUCAUGCUGCCGUAUGUGUGGAUGUUUCCAGAGUCUCUGCGCUGGCUGUUGGCCACUCAACAUUACCAAAGAGCCAAGAGACAAAUGUACCGCAUCGCCCAGAAGAACAGCGUCGACACUGCGACAGACCCCAGCGGGAUACUCUCAGAGCUGGAGACGGAGCUGCAGCAGAAGCCAAAGACGUCCUGCGUGACACAGCUGAGCGGCACAAGAAACCUCUGGAAGAACACCGUGGUCCUCUGCGUCAACUCGCUGACGGGUUACGGGAUCCACCAUUGUUUCGUGCGCAGUGUUCUGGAGGACAGCGCGUCUCACCUGCAUUAUUACGCUCUGGCCGCCAUCGCCGUGUCCUCCUGCAUGGUGCUGUUUCCCGUGGUGGGAGGAUUCGGCAGGAGAGGAGGUUUACUGAGCUUCAUGAUCAUCACAGCGCUGGCGUCGCUCCUGCAGCUCGGCCUGCUCAACCUGAUCGGCAAGUACAGCAUUCGCCAUGACGCAGUGUUGAGAGACACCCUGAACCGCCGCUUCUCCUACGCCUUCUCCAUCAUCGGGAUGUUUUCGUCUCAUGCCGUCAGCACACUCAGCAUCUUCUACUGCGCAGAAAUCACACCCACGGUCAUCAGGGGCGGUGGAGUCGGUCUGGUGCUUGCUAGCGCAGGUUUCGGCAUGCUAACAGCUCCGCUAAUGGAGCUCCACAAUCAGAAGGGUUUCUUCCUGCAUCACGUCAUCCUCACCUGCUGCACUCUGCUCUGCAUCAUUUGCAUACCGUUGCUACCGGAGACCGCCGGCCAACCGCUGCCCGAGACUAUGGCUGAGGGGGAGGGGCUUUUGCGCAGGCCCAUCCUCCCUGGAGAGCAGCACCACCUAUUGGCCAGAACGGAGGUCAGGGAGUACUCGCGUGUACAGGACACGCCCCUUCACCAAGUCGUCACCCCCGGCAACGGAAUGGUGCCUAGCAACAGCACAGUCAAUGGCAUGAGGACUUCGUGACGGAUUUUCUUAGGGGAUCUUGAACGAGUUUCAUUCAUUGUUUUUUUGCAAAUUAGCAGAAACGCUUCAUUAACCAGCAUCGGUAGAGAUUUCACCAUAGUACGAACUGAAAAUGUGAUCGCAACUCCUAUUUUUUAAAACAACCACUAGUUUAAUGUGAAGGAAGAACAAGUUCAUUGAGGUGUCGCUGAUUUGAAUGUGGGUUUUUUUUUUUAUUUAUUGGACAGAAUGAGAACCGGCGGACAUCCUAUGGAGCCAGAUCAGUCUUAAAAUAUAUACAUUUAUAAAAUAAAAUUCAUAUACAAUUCACAUUAACGAAAUUUAAUUCUUAAAUUCAAAACUCAAUUCGUAAAAACACAAGUACAGUUAAUCAAUUCAAAACGCAACUCGUAAAUACGCAACACACAAUUCGUAAAGUCGAAACACAAUUCGUAAAUAAACAAAUCCAGUUCAUAAAUUCAAAACACACUACAUAAAUACACAAAUCCAGUUCGUAAAUUCAAAACACACUACAUAAAUACACAAAUCCAAUUCGUAAAUUCAAAACACACUACAUAAAUACACAAAUCCAGCUCGUAAAUUCAAAACACACUACAUAAAUACACAAAUCCAGUUCAUAAAUUCAAAACACACUACAUAAAUACA